AUGACAUCAAUGUCAACCGCAGCCACUAUUAAACUACCAUAUCAACAACAGCAACACCAUUUAAUUAAUAGUAACAAUUCAUAUAUACAACAGCAACAACAAUCACCCCAACAACAUCAUCAACAAAGUGUAAAUAUAAACAAUUGUAAUAAUAAUACUAAUAAUAAUAAUAAUAAUAAUAAUAAUAAUAAUAAUAAUAAUAAUAAUAAUAAUAAUAAUAAUAAUAAUAAUAAUAAUAAUAAUAACAAUAAUAAUAUAAAUAAUAACAACAACAAUAAUAAUAAACAAAUACCUCAACAAAGUAUUCAAACUCAUGCUAACUCAAUUUUACAAUUGAAUAAAACCAUGCCACAUGUAAAUCCACCUCAACAAAAUCAUAUCAUGAAUCAACAACAACAACAACAACAACAACAACAUUAUCAACAACAGCAACACCCUCACCAACAGCAACACCCUCACCAACAGCAACACCCUCACCAACAGCAACAUCCUCACCAACAACAACACCCUCACCAACAACAAAUACAACAACAACAACAACAACAACAACAACAACAACAACAACAACAACAACAACAACAACAACAACAACAACAACAACAACCACAACAACAACAACCACAAACCCAAUCAACCCAAGAAAGAAAAUGGGAUGAAAUAAAGAUAUAUAGUGAUUUAAUUAAAAGGUUUGCUUUGGAAGCAUCCCAUUUAACAAUAUCAAAAGAGAAUUAUGAUGAUUUAUAUAAUAUGGCUUUUUGUUUAUUUAAAACUGUUGAUAGUAUGGACCCUGAUAAAAUGCCUAUGAAUAUGGGAGGAAAUAGUCGAAAAAAUAGUUUUGAUAUGUAUAAUAAUAAUAAUAAUAAUAAUAACAAUAAUAAUAUUAAUAACAAUAACAAUAACAAUAACAAUAAUAAUAUUAAUAAUAAUAAUAAUAAUAAUAAUAAUAAUAAUAACAAUAAUAAUAUAGUUUAUAAUCCAUAUGGUAAUGAUGGUCCAACAAUUCCCUCUCCACAUUUGCAACACCAACAACAACACCAACAACAACAACACCAACAACAACACCAACAACAACACCAACAACAACAACAACACCAACAACAACAACAACAACAACAACAACAACAACAACAACAACAACAACAACAACAACAACAACAACAACAACAACAACAACAACAACAACAACAACAACAACAACCACAAUACCAUAAUGGUAUGCCACAUCAUAUGCAACAACAUUCACCCGAAUCUAUGGACCAUCAAAGAAUUGUUAAAUUACCAACAGGAAAUCAAAACAACAAUUAUUCAAAUGACUAUUAUUCUAUACAAGCAGUUCAUAGUCCACAUUUAGGACCCUCAAUGCAUUUACAACAACAACAACAAAACCAACAAAACCAACAAAUUCAACAACAACACCAACAAAUUCAACAUCAACAACAAUAUUCUCAAUUACCAAUAGAACAACAGCAACAAAUGAUGUUACAACAACAACAACAACAACAACAACAACAACAACAACAACAACAACAACAACAACAACAACAACAACUACAACAACAACAACACCACCAACAACAACAAAUACAACAACAACAACAGAGUAUUGCCAAACAGCAAAUGCCACAACAACAAAAUACACCAAAUAAUGGUAGUCCAUCUUCAUCUGAUGGUAAAUCUCCCGUUAACAGCAAUACAGCAAUCACUUCAAAUAAUAACAAUAAUAAUAAUAAUAACAAUAAUAACAAUAACAAUAAUAAUAAUAAUUCAACAACGCCAGUUGCAGAUCCACAAAAGAAUUUCUCUGGUGAAGUAUUUUUCGAUGAUAUUGGACAAGAUAAACCUCAAAGAAGACGGAGAAGAACAAUGUAUUCUAGUAGAAGAAAUUUAAAAUGUCAUUAUUGUGAAGUCACUGAAACACCUGAAUGGCGUCGUGGUCCAGAUGGUGACCAUACCCUUUGUAAUGCAUGUGGUUUACAUUAUGCAAAAAGUCAGAAAAAAUUAGCUCGUGAAAAGGAAUUGGAAAAACAAAAAGAAUUGGAAAGAGAAAAAGAAAGAGAAAAUACAAGAAAACAUAGUAUUGAUUUUAUGUUGAUGAAUGAUACUUCUUCAGCACCAACUAAUUCCCAAAAUCCAACUCCAAAUUAA